CAAAAAUAAGCACAGGGAAGGACAAUAGCAUGGCUGUACCGCAAAUCGGUUCAAACAUCACGCGCAACUUUACGAAUCAGUUUGUGCAGCCGCCGUGGCGCGUUGCGUUAUGGUCUGUUGCCUACAGCUCCGUACUAGCGGUGGCGGUUUUCGGAAACCUCAUCGUCAUCUGGAUCAUUCUGGCCCAUAAACGGAUGCGAACCGUGACGAACUACUUCUUGCUGAACUUGGCUUUUUCUGAUGCCUCCAUGGCUGCCUUCAAUACGCUGAUCAACUUUAUUUAUGCCACACACGGCGAAUGGUACUUUGGAGAAGCAUACUGCAAGUUUCACAACUUUUUCCCCGUCACAGCCGUAUUCGCCAGCAUUUAUUCCAUGACCGCUAUUGCAGUUGACAGAUACAUGGCAAUCAUUCAUCCCCUGAAGCCGAGACUGUCUGCCACAGCCACUAAGGUGGUGAUCAUGUGCAUCUGGGUUUUGGCGGUGGUCCUCGCCUUACCCCUCUGCUUCUACUCCAUCACCCGAAGCCUGCCCUAUAGGACCAUCUGCUACGUCGCAUGGCCACGACCCACAGAGGACUCAUUUAUGUAUCACAUCAUAGUGAUGGUACUAGUCUACAUGCUGCCCCUAGUAGUGAUGGGCAUCACCUACACCAUAGUGGGCAUGACGCUGUGGGGAGGGGAGAUUCCUGGAGACUCAUCAGACAACUAUCAAGGGCAGCUACAAGCCAAGAGGAAGGUGGUAAAGAUGAUGAUCGUGGUAGUGGUGACCUUUGCCCUCUGCUGGUUGCCAUAUCACGUGUACUUCAUUGUGACUGGCCUGAACAAGCAGUUAAACAAGCUGAAAUCCAUCCAGCAGGUCUAUUUAUCAGUGCUUUGGCUGGCCAUGAGCUCCACUAUGUACAAUCCCAUCAUCUACUGCUGUCUCAAUGGCAGGUUCCGAGCAGGCUUCAAGAGGGCCUUCCUCUGGUGCCCAUUUGUCCACAUGUCGAGCUAUGAUGAGUUGGCACUGCACACAGCCCGCCACCAUCCGCGCAAUCAGAGCAGCAUGUGCACGCUGUCCCGUGUUGACACCAGCAUCCAUGGCGCUGACCACAGCCGCAGGACCCACAAGAGCACCAAGUCCCAGCACCAAAGCAAGGUUAGCAGUACCAAGGAGAGCACGCUGGGGGCCAGAAACAGUCUCUGCAGGGAGACAACCUUCGCAUCUGAGCUGCUUAACUGAGGACGCGAGGUCGAUCAAUGGACUCCUUUUGGACAGGCAGUUAUUGUGUAGGUGAAGCUCCCUAAAUAAGUUUGACAGAAGGCAGACAGUCUCUUAGACAGGUUUUAGGCACUCUCUUAGACCCCAUGCAGUAGAUAUUUUAGUAUUUUUUCUGCACAAUCCCAGCAUGGUGGGCCAGGUCAUUGUAGUUUGUGUAUGUUUUACAGAUCACACCAGUGAUCUCAACACCACAAACUGCAUGCUCAGUUUUGUGCUUAAUGUUAUUGAAUGUACUAAGGUGAACUGAAUUUUUCAUUUUUCUGUCUUGUCAGUCAUUUGACAGAAUACAAAUGCAUUUAAUAUACAGCAUAUACAUUACACUAUACAUUAAAUACAUUCUGUGAUGCAUUUGUAAGUGUCUACAAAUACUAUAUUGUUAUAUUGUAUAUUGUUUUAUAAUUAUAGACUAGUCUUUUAUUACCAUGCAAAUCUGAAAUAUAUUGGUUUAUAUACUUAC